AUGUCUUUUGAUCAGUUAUCGUCGAUGGAGUCGCAGCCGACUACUAUGCGUAGACAGGACGAUCCUCAGUACUCGGACGACCCCGAAUUCCAGCGACUGUCACAGGAGCUCAUGUCGAAACUCUUUACGUUAACAGGCAACAUCUCGCGACUCACAAAUGAAAUCGCACUAUUAGGCACAAAGCGAGAUACCGAGAGGGUACGGGAACGAGUGCAUGAGCUCUUAGAGGAAUCGAAGGAUGCCUUCAAGGAGGUCGGGGAAGGCGUGAAGAAGAUACAGUCAUGGGAAGAUGUUAGCCCGUCACAAAAGUACACCCAGCAAAAGCUUGCCCGGGAGUUCCAGAACAACCUGCAAGAAUUCCAAUCUGUCCAACGCCAAGCUCUUGAGAAGCAACGAACAUCUGCGAGCGCUGCGCGACAUGCGUUAGAAGAACAGCAGUCACCAGGAGCUGAAGGGAGCGGUGCUUUCGGACAGCAGCAAUCACAAGAGCAGUUGCGACUGGCUUCGCAAGAUGAGGUUGAUUUCCAAGAUUCAUUGAUCGUGGAGCGGGAGGCAGAGAUUCGCAACAUCGAACAGGGUGUUACAGAGCUAAACGAGCUGUUCCGAGAUGUGGCGCAUAUUGUCACUGAGCAAGGCGAGACUCUUGAUACUAUCGCCAAUAACGUGGAGAAUACCAGAACUGAUACGAGGGGGGCGGAUUUGGAGUUGAGGAGUGCCGCACGAUAUCAGAAGAAUGCUCGGUCGAAGGCUUGCUGUCUCUUGCUGAUCCUAGCUGUCAUCCUUACUAUUAUUAUUUUGGCGGCUGUCGUUGGAUGA